GAGCUAAUCCAGUCCAACGAACAAUCCUGGGCAGCUUUAUCGUUUUUCGAGGACGAUGCAGACAAAACAGUUCCUGGAUUUAAACACUUCACAAAAGCGCGUCUGACUUCUUCUGCCCUUGCCGUGACCGUUUUAAUUCAGAGAGGACUGUGCUGCAGAGGAGCCAGUGAGCUGAGAAUAAAAAGCAACAGGAUGUCCUGUGGUCAGCAUGGUGCCACACACAUGGAUGAACCAUUUCUCCAAGCAAAUUACGGCAGAGCCCUCCUUCUUCACCUUGGCCUGACAGAAAGACACUGAAGGUGUCCCAGGAAUUUGUGAUCACGCCUCACUUACACGGACCCAAAGCUGGAUUUCAAACUUGACUGAAAUGAGCUCAAAGUCCAGACAUUAUCAGUCGUUUUAAAGGGAAAUUACACAACUGUUCUUCCACCAUGAGUCUUGGAAAACUGCCGGGGAUUAAAGGCCUUGUGCCUGGCUCUCAGGGGAAACGUCGCUUCAAGAGUGACCUCUCAGUGGACAUGAUCAGCCCCCCGCUUGGAGACUUCCGACACACCAUGCACGUAGGCCGCGGCGGGGACGUGUUCGGUGACACUUCCUUCCUGAGCAACUACGGGGGCAUCCGGGAGCCGGGAAGUCCGGAUUCAACGAGCAGCUCCAAGUCAACCGGCUUCUUCACACGCACCUUUCGCCACGUCCGGAAGAGCUCUGGGCCUCGCCCCCGUGGGGGUUCCCGGGAUUUGUCAUCGCCGCCUCCGGACAUCUCGCCCAUCAUUAAAAAUGCCAUCUCUUUGCCUCAGCUGAACAUCGACUCUGUCAACGGGUGCCGGCAGAGGGUGCUGUUCCCCAACUCCGUCAGCUCGGCAGAUGACUCCUACUGCACAUAUGGUGUUCAUUCUGGCUUCGUCACGCUGCCUCGACUCUCUCGACUUGAAAGGCAGCAUCAAGAUGGCGAUGUCUGGACAACGUCUUCAGCAGACAAUGGUUGCAGCACCUUGACUCGCUCUGACUCCCUGGCCUCAUUCACUGUUGACCUGGGCCCCUCCCUAAUGGCUGAGGUGCUUGCUUUGAUUGACAACCCUAGCUCUCUUACGACAUCCAAUCACAGUCAGGCAGCGGGCGAGGAAGAAGAGGGAGAGAAAGAGGAAAAAGGUGACAACGACUCUCUGACAGAGACACCUGUUCAAACCCCGACAGUGACUUCCCCCAACCCUUCCCUGUGCAGUGGGCCUGUAAGUCCCAAGGUGCAUGAAAGAAGUGGCUGGAGAGGGCUUGAAGAGGACAGGUCGUCUGUGAGGACCCCUGAUGCAUCGUCCUGUUCUUCUCACAAGGAGGAAUCAGUAAUAGAGGCAGAGAGGUUCCACAGGGCGGCCAAUGUCCUCGCGCGCCAUUACGGUGGAGGAUCCUUUACAAGAGGAAUGGGAAUGAGCCAAAAAGGCCAAAAAAAGACACAUGCUUUAUCCGAGGAGGAGGAGGAGAUCAAAGUGUAGCCAUUGGGAAUGGUAACCCUCAAAAAAAUCUGGAUUAAUUUAAAGUCAGACUCUGAGGACCCUGGUUGCUCCUUCGUUCUAGCAGUCUUCCUUCAACAUAAUGGACUAUGUUCAGUUUCUAAAGGAAAAAUGUAUUAUCUGUUUUUGACCUUCACCCACCUGGAUUUCUGUCACUGUAGCUGUGAUAUUUAAACUAACACUAUGAAAAUAUGCUCUAAAACGUUUUGUUUUAAACGCUUGAAAGGGGUUGGGAAAACAUGUGAACCCUCAAUAUUUUUAUGUUGAUGCUGAUUUGUACACUUUAUCAGUAAUACUUUUGUAAAUUUGUCCAGUUAUGACAUUCAUCUGUGUACUUUGUUUCAGCUUCCUGUUACAGUAAGUGUACAUUUAGAAACGUUGGACUUUCUACUCUUACAUGAUUUAAUUCACACAUUAAACAGUCCAAUUUGUAGACAGA